AGGGACCAACGUUCUUCACGACAGUUGCCCUGGAAGAGGACGCCAUGACCUCCACCCUCACAGCCCUGCUCUGCCUUGGUGAGAAAUAAAACUGGAGAAGAGGAAUUCUAGUCUUGGAGGAAACCACCGCAACCAGGCGUUGGCCCAACAGGACAUUUCAGGAGCUCAGAAGGCACCUUGUAGGGGAGGACAUACUUAUGGUUCAAGGACAAACCCUCACAGGGUACUCUCUUCCAGGACUGACCCUUGUCCCCAGGAACCCAGUGCUGGCAGGAUACUAUCGCAAACCCAGCUUGGCAGCCCUGCCUACCCAUGUGGUGACCUCAGGAGGGAAUGUGACCCUCCAGUGCGUGUCAGAUCAUGGAUAUCAGAGCUUCCUCCUAAUGAAGGAAAAUAAAAAUUUCUCCAUCUCUCCGGUCUCACAAAAUAUAUACACUGGGCAAGUCCAGACUCAGUUUUCUGUGGGUCCAGUGACCCACAAGCAGAGGUGGAUAUUCAAAUGCUAUGGCUUGAUCAACCCUCACAUAUGGUCAGAACCCAGUGACAACCUGGAACUCCUGGUGUCAGGGAUCCUCCAGAAGCCCACUAUCUUGGCUCAGCCAGGACCUGUGGUUACCUCGGGGAAUCCUGUGACUAUCUGGUGUGGAGGAACCAUGGAGACCCAGCUGUAUGUUCUGCAUAAAGAAGGAAGCUCAGCACCCUGGGACAGACAGGCCCCAAAGCUUCUCAACAAUAAUGCUGAGUUCAACAUCCUAUCCACGACAACUCAGAAUGCUGGGAAAUAUUACUGUUAUUCUUACAGCACUUAUGGCUGGACCAAACGCAGUGACGCUCUGGAGCUGGUGGUGACAGGCAUCUACCACAGCAAACCCAGCCUGUCAGCUGUGUCCAGCCCCGUGAUAACCUCAGGAGGGAAUGUGACCCUCCAGUGUGUCUCACAGCAGAGAUAUGAUGGGCUGAUUCUGACUAAAGAUGAUCAGAAGUUCUCCAGCUCCCUCGCAGUUCAGUAUAUUUACCCUAGAGGGUUACAGGCUCUGUUCCCUGUGAUCCCUGUGACCUCCAGCAUGAGGUGGAGGCUCAGAUGCUAUGGCUAUUACAGCAGCAAGCCCCAGGUGUGGUCAGAAUCCAGUGACAUCCUGGAGCUCCUUAUCUCAGGAAUCCUCCAGAAACCCACCAUCAUGGCUGAGCAAGGCUCUUUGAUUACUUAUGGGAGUCCUGUGACCAUCUGGUGUCAGGGGACCCUGAAGACCCAAAUAUACGUUCUGCAUAAAGAGGAAAGCUCAGCACCCUGGAACAUACAAAACGCACUGAAGCCUGGGAACAAGGCUAAGUUCUCCAUCUCGUCCAUGACCCAGGGACAUGCAGGGAAGUAUCACUGUUACUCUUACAGCCCUGCUGGCUGGUCAGAACGAAGUGACACCCUGGAGCUGGUGGUGACAGGCAUCUACCACAGGAAACCCAGCCUGUCAGCCCUGCCAAGCCCUGUAGUGACCUCAGGAGGGAACUUGACCCUCCAGUGUGUCUCACAGCAGAGAUAUUAUGGAUUCAUUCUGAUUAGGGAAGAUCAGAUCUUCUCUAGCUCCCUGGAAGUUCAGUAUACCAACUCUGGACAAUCACAGGCCCUGUUCCCUGUGGUCCUUGAGACACCUGGAAAGAGAGAAAUCUUCAGAUGUUAUGGAUAUUACAAAGGUACCCCGCAGGUGUGGUCAGAGUCCAGUGACCCCCUGGAAAUACAUGUCUCAGGACUAUCCAGGAAGCCCUCCCUGCUGACCCAGCAAGGCCUCGUCCUGAGUCCUGGAGAGAACUUAACCCUUCUGUGUCACUCUAACAUCAGCUAUGAUACAUUUGCUCUGUCCAAAGAGGGGGAAAAUGAUCUCACACGUGUCUCUAGCCAUCAGUUCCAGAGUGGGCCCUACCAGGCCCAUUUCACCCUGGGUCCUGUGAGCCUCUUCACUGGGGGCCGCUAUAGGUGCUAUGGUGCCCAAAACGUCUCUGAAUUUUCUGCCCCCAGUGACCAUCUGGACAUACUAAUCACAGGACAGCCUUCUGUUACACCCUCCCUCUCUGUGCGUCCAGGCCCCACAGUGUCCUCAGGAGAGAACGUAACCCUGCUGUGUCAGUCACGAAGCCAGAUGGACUCUUUUCUUCUGUUGAAGGAGGGGGCUGUCCAUCCCCAGCUGUAUCAAAGAUCAAAGUUCCAAGAUCAACAGUAUAAGGCCGAAUUCUCUAUGAGUGCUGUGACCUCGGACCUUGGGGGCACCUACAGGUGCUGUGGUGCUCGAAGCUCAUCCCCCUACCUGUUGUCACACCCCAGUGACCCUGUGGAGCUUGUAGUCUCAGGUCUGAAAAGUUACCAGAAGGUUCCAAUUGCUGUCUCAGUGGUCUUCCUCCUGCUGCUCCUCCUCCUCCUCCUGCUCCUCCUCCUCCUCAGACAAAGGCAUCAGAACAGACACAGGAAAACAGAUGCUUCUGUGAAGAACACACAGCCGGUGGACAGCAUGGAGCUGGACACUCAGAGUCCACCUGAGGAAGACCCCACGAAAGAGAUGUACGCCCAGGUGAAACCUUCCAGAUUCAGGAGGUCAGAGGUCACCUCUCCUUCCACCAUGUCAAAGGAAAUAUUGAACAUGAAAGACAGAAAGGCAAUAAAAGGCAAAGUGAAGGACAGUCAGGCUGCUGCAUCUGAGGCCCCACAGGACGUGAACUAUGCCCAGCUGUUCUUCAUGACACCAAGACGGGCAGAAGAGACUCCUGCCUCCCAGGCAGGGAAGCCCCAGCUGAGACCAGGGAGCGCCCUGCCCUAGUGUUCACAGCCCAGAAAGACUCUGGCCCUACACUCCACAGAGGGAGACUCAGGGGUGUCUGAGGGACAUGAUCUUCCUCCAGGU